UUUCUGGUUUCAUUCCGAAAGCAUUCGAAGAAAUGCAUUGGUUGUUGUAUGCCGACAUAUCCUACAAUGAGUUGCAGGGUCCGAUUCCCAAUAGCAACGCAUUUAUAAAUGCUUCUGUAGAAGCAUUACAAGGGAACAAGGGAUUGUGUGGUAAUGUUCUAGGACUACAUCCUUGCAAUGUUUCCAUGAUAUACAAACAUAGCUCAAAAAGGGGACACAAAGUCGUGUUUCUUCUCGUUUUCCCACUUUUAGGAGUAGUUACUGUUCUACUUUCUAUCUUUGGGUUUUUUCUCUUUAUGCAAAGAAGAAAGACGGAUCUAGAAUCCAAACAAAGCAAGACCGAGGGCCAAGUACUGUCUCUUUCAAUAUUACAUUUCAAUGGAAGAACAUUGUAUGAUGAAAUCAUAAAAGUGACCAAUGGUUUUGAUGCUCUAUAUUGCAUUGGGAAAGGAGGACAUGGAACUGUCUAUAAAGCAGAGCUAACUUCAGGUGAUAUCUUAGCCGUGAAGAAAUUCAAUCAACCACUGCAUGAUGCUAGUGAGAACAGAUUUCAAAAGGAGUUCUUGAAUGAGAUAAGGGCAUUGAUAGACAUACGCCAUCGAAACAUUGUUAAACUUUAUGGUUUUUGUUCUCAUGUGCAACAUUCCUUUUUGGUUUGUCAAUAUCUAGAAAGGGGUAGCUUGUCCCUAAUCUUGGGCAACGAAGAUGCUGCUAAAGUAUUGGGUUGGAGUAAGAGAUUGAAUAUUGUUAAAGGUGUGGCAAAUGCCUUGUCUUACAUGCACAAUGAUUGCUCCCCUCCGAUUAUUCAUCGUGACAUAUCAAGCAGCAACAUCUUGCUGGAUUCUCAAUUUGAGGCUCAUGUUUCAGACUUUGGGACUGCUAGGCUUGUGGAGGUAGACUCAUCCAAUUGGACUUCCCCUGCAGGCACUUAUGGAUAUAUUGCACCAGAGCUUGCUUAUACAAUGAAGGUAACUGAAAAAUCUGAUGUGUAUAGCUUUGGGGUAUUGGCAAUCGAAGUCAUUAGAGGAAAGCAUCCAGGUGAUUUCAUCUCCUCACUAUCAUCGCCGUUAGCUAUGGAGAACAUACAAGUGAAAGAUGUGUUGGACCAACGCCUUCCAUUUCCAACAGUUCAAGUUGAGAAUGAACUAAUAAUAGUCGUACAGCUUGCCAUGAAAUGCUUAAAUGUCUGUCCACAAUCAAGGCCGACAAUGCACAUGAUUUCUAAAGUGUUAUCGACCAAUAUUAAUGCACAUUCCUAGAGCCAUCCAGACAUGCAUUGCCAACUUGAAAGUCGAGAGUUGAAGAUUAUAGACUAUCUAGAUAAUAAUUAAUGAAAAUAAGUGCUAAAAUCAUGUGCUAGUCUAAGAUACUUAAUUAUUAGAGCAUUUUCUUUCCAUCCCAAGUAUUUAUGUGUAACUUUAGUUUUUAGUUGUAUGAGUGUUAAGGUAUCUUUUUUU